UACGAAAAUGUGUCGUGCGAGAUGUCAUAAAUGACCAAAAUCUGACAGCAUGAAUGACAUGAACCUCAGCCCAGUGGGCAUGGACCAGCUUAGUGUGCCCUCAGUGAGUGCCAGUCAUCUGGGUCUGCCUACCUCACCAACACACAACCCCAUCACCACUCCAGGCAUGCCAGUGGCCAUUCCCAGCCUUGGUCCAUCCCUAGGGCCUCUCCCCUCUGCCCUCUCCCUUAUGUUACCAAUGGGUCAUUUAGGGGACCGAGGGGUGAUGUGUGGUCUUCCAGAGAGGAAUUACACCCUACCCCCUCCUCCUUACCCACAUCUGGAAAGCAGCUACUUCAGACACAUCCUCCCAGGCAUUUUGUCUUACCUGGCAGACCGUCCCCCUCCUCAGUACAUCCAUCCCAGCAGCCUUAACAUGGAUGGAACUUUAUCAGUAUCAAACAACAACCCCUCUGGCCUAGACCCAUACACGGGCCCAGGAGGCCCUCUUGAGCAGGGAUUCCAGGAUUCCAGGCAGGUGGGGGGUCAGGCUGAUCUCCAUCAGGGUGGUGCACAUGAGGUGCAGUUGGAUGCCACCACAGGGCUGGCCAUGGAGUCCCGUGUCAGCAGCCCAAUGUCCCCAAAUGGGAUGGGUGAGGAACUAGCCACUAUGGAGGCAGUGGUGAGUGAGAGCCAGCAUCAGCUUGGGGCCAGAGCACAGCAGCCACACGAGGGCCUACCUGGAGUGGACUCUUCUUCUGGGGUGAUGCCCUUGCACGGGCCAGGCCUGGAGCUGCCGGUGGUGAUGGAGCAAGAGCACUUGGGGGGUGGCCGAGUGGGUAACGCAUCUGGAGGAGCUGGGGGAGGGAGCACGUUGGGGGAAACAAUGCAUUCAGGUGGGGAACUGAACUCUGGGGUGGUCAGUGUGGUGUUAACUGGUUCCAUGGCCCCACAGGGCCAGCUUGAACCCGUGUCCCUUCAUGGACCUUCAGGCAUGGGUUUAGAGCCUGUGAACGUGUCGCCUAUCACUGCAGAAGUGUCUUUAGGGCCUGACAGCAGCCUGGUGCUUGUGAACUCCACUCUCCAGCUAGAGGACUCCACGUCUAAUAAGGAAAACAUGGCCACUGCUUUCACUAUCUGGUGCACCCUAUGUGAACGCUCAUACCCUUCAGACUGCCCCGAACAUGGCCCUGUCACCUUCAUUCCCGACACACCCAUCCAGAGCAGAGCCCGCCUUUCACUGCCCCGCCCUCUCUGCCUUCGAGUGUCUGUCACCGAUGAGCCCAUUGGUGUGUUUGCUCGAGAGACCAUUCCUGCCCGUACCUGCUUUGGGCCAAUGGUUGGGCAGCACUGUAGCAACGUGGACCUCACUGAUUGGUCUGACAAAGACACGCCUCAGAUAUGGAAGAUGUUCCACAAUAACGUGGUGGAAUUCUGCAUCGUCACCACAGACGAGAAUGAGUGCAACUGGAUGAUGUUUGUUCGGAAGGCAAGGAGUGGAGAGGAGCAGAACUUGGUGGCGUAUCCAGACAAUGGGAAACUUUAUUUCUGUACAUCCAGAGAGAUCCUCCCUGACCAGGAGCUGCUUUUCUACUACAGCAGGGACUACAGCAGGCAGUUAGGUGUGCCACAGGUUCCAGAGGUUCAAGUGUGCCAUUGUGGGAAAGCGUGUGCUUCUUUCUCCGAGUUUAAAUCCCACCUCAGCAGCCACGCCCACUGCCACAGCCCCGCUCAGUCCCACUCCCAUAGCAACAGCCACCCUCACGGCCGGGAAAGGAAGCAUAAGUGCAGCAUGUGCUCGCGAGCGUUCACCACGUCCACCAAGCUCAACGUUCACUUCAUGGGUCACAUGGGAGUGAAGCCACAUAAGUGCGGCUACUGCAGCAAAGCUUUCAGUGACCCGAGCAACCUGCGCAAACACCUGAAAAUCCACACCGGUCAGAAGAACUUCCGCUGCACUGUGUGUGAGAAGUCUUUCACUCAGAAAGCUCACAUGGCCUCUCAUAUGGUCAUUCACACGGGAGCCAAGAACAUCAAAUGUGACCACUGUGAUAAGAUGUUCAUCAGGAAACAGGACCUAAAACAGCACAUGCAUUCACAUAAUCUAGAGCGACAGAUCCACUGCCCGAAGUGCGAUAAGCAGUUCCUCAAGACCAACCACCUGAAGAAACAUUUAAACUCGCAUGAGGGUAAGAGGGACUACAUCUGUGAAAAGUGCCACAAGGCCUUCCUCACCAAAUACCACCUCACACGUCAUCUCAAGAUAUGUAAAGGUCCAAAGAACGAAAGGAUGGGGCGUCCACGGGGGGAGGAAGAGGGCGAUGAGGAUGAGGAGGAGGAGGAGGAUGAAGAGGAGGAGGAAGAAGAAAGAGGGGAAGAGGGACACAUAGACCCAGCUGGCAGAGAGGACUGUGGCAUGAGAAUAACAGAGUACGCCUCAGACAAAACCCUGUCCCCUUCACUCUGACUGUGACCAUGCCACGCCGAGCCUCCCGUCUCCUGAUUACGAAUCAAUGGUUUCUGACAGAAGUUCAUUUUUGGUUGUGUUUCUGUCUGCAGAUUCAUGUCGUCAGUAUGUUGUUUUGUAUCUGCCCUGCAUUAAUAUGAUCAUAAGGAUGCAGUUGAGGACGCUGCAGACGGAUGUUGUGGCGCACCACAGAAUGAACUAGUAGUGAGUCUGCAAAGAAAGAGAAUCAGUGCAACUCACAAGUGAUGAUGGCACUUAACGUAACAUUUGUCAGUGCAGCUGAGAGCAUUUGAGUGAAUGAGUGAGUGAGGGAUGCCCUCUGUUUCUUGGCCUUUUCUGGAUGGUGUGAAAUGUAUGAAUGAGUU